AUGAAAAUUGAAGGAAAUAUCGUCGAAAUGACUUCAUUUGUACUGUCACCCGAGCAAAAACAGGUCAAAAAUGAAGCACGUCUCUUCGCACAGAAUGUCCUUAGCGAAGCAGCAACAGUCUACUCAAGACUCGAUACCCAAGCGGAACGCUUCCAUUCCAUCCGUCCCUUUUACCGCAAAGCUGUUGCCGCAGGUCAAAUCCAUGCACAAAUCCCAGCUGCCAUUGGGGGUACCAGUAAGAAUCUGAUUGAUGUAGCGUUGGCUUUGGAAGAACAGUACCCCGUUGAUCCUAGUGUUUCGUUAACUAUUGCUGCUACUGGACUGGGUCUUACGCCGUUGAUUCUGGGAGGGAAUCCGGUGCUGUAUAAGAAGUUCUUGUCUCCUUUUUUGACGGGUGAGGGUGAACCAUUGGCUAGUCUUGUGCAUUCUGAGCCUGGUGGGACGGCGAAUUGGUUGGAGAAGGGCGGCAAGGGAUUACAGACAGCAGCCUAUUGUCAAGAUGAUGGGACGUGGAUUAUCAAUGGCGAGAAGUUGUGGACUACAAAUAGCGCAGGCUGGGAUGGAAAAGGCGCUGACCUCCAAUGCGUCGUGUGCCGUUACUGUACGAACGAUGAACUACUGCCAACUGAUACACCAGCAUCAGCCGUCGUCGUCUUGCUCGUCACCCGCGAGACUAUUGCCCAAAAUGAUGACUCAGCCUACCAAGUCCUGGCAGAGCCUGAAUUAGCCGGCCAUCCAGCAGUCUCCGGCCCACACACACGUUUCACAAAUUUCAAAGUACCAGGAGAAAAUCUCCUCGCAGCGCCGGGAGUCGGUGCAACUCUUAUUGAGAAUUCCUUCGGCAUGUCUGCUGCUCUGGUCGGUGCUAUGAGUGCUGGCAUUAUGCAAACUGUAUUCGAAAAGGCACUCAAAUUCUCCAAGACUGAUACUCGUGGUGGCACUGUGCCAAUUGUGCAGCGACAAAGCGUUGCGGAUUUACUUAUUGACCUCAAGAUCAAGCUUGAUGCGUCACGUUUACUGACAUAUAGGGCCUUGGAUUAUGUGCAGAAUGAAUCUGUUGAUGCAAAGACGGCGUUGGAGGCUUGUCUACAGGCAAAGAUAUAUGGGUCGGAUAAUGCGGUGGAUUGUACAACUGCUGCAAUGAAAAUUAUUGGAAUUACCUCGUAUGCACAAGAUAAAGGCUUUGGAAAGAUAUUAAAUGAUGCGGUGUGUCUGAGCCUUUUUGAUGGAGGAAACGUGGGGGUAAGACGACGACAACUUCAGCAGCUACUUGAGCAUGAUGAUUACGAAUCUCGCAUAGGCUUUUGAGCUGGUCUCAGUCUAUCAGGGUGUCCUCAUGUCCGGUUAGGCAUCGGAAGAGUUACUCUGGAUCAUAUGUGAAGCCUGUGGACUCCAAAUGCAUAUCGAGCUUAGUGUCACGUAGCAA